AUGUCUGGUGAGCCGGAACUGGCCCGCACUCCUGAAGAUGAUACCGAGGAAGAGGAAAUCAAGUCUUCAUACAAGCCUCCACCGGAGAAGAGUAUUGAGGAAAUCUUAUCGGCCGACCAGGAAGAUGAAUCAUUGAGGAAGUAUAAGGAAGCUUUACUGGGGCAGGCUCAAACGGGGCCGGUUAUUGUCGAUGCAAAUGAUCCCAGGAAGGUGAUAGUGAAGAAGUUAGCCCUCUGUGUAGCUGAGAGGGAUGACCUGGAAUUAGACCUAUCAGGAGACCUUACAGAUCUUAAGAAACAGGUGUUCGUGAUAAAGGAAGGCGUUCAGUACAAGAUAAGGAUCGACUUCAUAGUGCAGAGGGAGAUAGUGCACGGGCUCAAAUACGUACAGAAGACAUACCGCUUAGGGGUACCAGUUCCCGUCGAUAAGAUGACUCACAUGGUCGGUUCUUAUCCACCAAAGACCGAGAUUCAAUCAUACACGACGCCGCCCGAAGACGCUCCCUCCGGCAUGAUGGCGCGAGGUUCCUACACCGUGAACAGCCUCUUCACAGACGACGAUAAGAACGUGCACCUACAGUGGGAAUGGAGCUUCGAAAUCAAGAAAGACUGGAAGGAAUAG